AUGACACAGCCAACAUCUAAAAAACAGGGGAUUAAAAAGUGUCGGAGUGCCACUUUCAGCAUUGAUGGAUUCAGCUUCACCAUCGUUGCUAACGAGGGAUCGGAAAAAAACACCCGCCAUCCACUGGCUCGCUUUGCACGCUCACGAUCCCAGAAUGCACUCUGCCCUGCUGUCAAAGCCGGCUCCACUGAACCCAAAGGGAUCGGGAUAGACCCGCGCAGCUCCGAGGAGAUCCUGGCGGACGAGCUGCCUGUCCCUGACUCUGCCGACGCCAUGGAGAGGACUGCUAUCAGGUUGAGAUGUCUCGUGAAGCAGCUGGAGAGGGGGGAGGCUUCUGUGCCCGACCUGAAGAAGAACCUGGAGAACGCUGCCUCAGUCCUAGAAUCGCUUUACAUUGAAGAAACAAGGCGGCUGGUGGACCUGGAGGACGAGCUGAGUGACAUCCAGUCGGACACGGUGCCUUCAGAGGUCCGGGACUGGCUGGCCUCCACCUUCACCCGGCAGAGAGGCCUGAUGCUGCGCCGCAACGAAGACAAGCCGCGCUUCAAAAGCAUCGUCCACGCAGUGCAGGCUGGCAUCUUUGUGGAGAGGAUGUACCGACGAACCUCCAACUUGGCUGGUCUUAGUUAUCCCUCAAAUGUCAUUACUGUGAUCAAGCACGUGGACAUGUGGUCCUUCGAUGUGUUUGCGCUGAACGAGGCAAGUGGAGACCACGCUCUGAAGUUUGUCUUCUACGAGCUGCUCACCAGAUACGACCUGAUCAAUCGUUUCAAGGUCCCUAUUUCAGCUCUCAUGUCGUUCGUAGACUCGUUGGAGAUGGGCUACAGCAAAUACAAGAAUCCUUACCACAACCUGAUGCAUGCAGCUGAUGUAACACAGACCAUCCACUACCUGCUGCUCAAGACUGGCAUGGUGCACUGGUUAACUGAGUUGGAGAUCUUCGCCAUCAUUUUUGCAGCAGCCAUCCAUGACUUUGAACACACAGGGACCACCAAUAACUUCCAUAUUCAGACCAGGUCAGACACAGCCAUGUUGUACAAUGACCGAGCCGUCCUGGAGAACUACCACGUCAGCGCCGCCUAUCGACUCCUGCAGUCCGGAGACGACAUGAACAUCUUCACCAAUCUUUCCAAAGACGACUGGAGAGAGGUGCGGACGCUGGUAGUGGAGAUGGUUUUGGCCACAGACAUGUCCUGCCACUUCCAGCAGAUCAAAGCCAUGAAGAGCUUCCUGCAGCAGCCGGAGACGAUAGACAAACCGAAGGCCUUAUCUCUGCUGCUGCACACUGCGGAUAUCAGCCACCCCGCCAAACGCUGGGACCUCCAUCACCGCUGGACCACAUCCCUGCUGGAGGAGUUCUUCAGACAGGGUGAUAAAGAAGCAGAGCUGGGUCUACCUUUCUCUCCUCUCUGUGACCGAAAAUCCACUUUGGUGGCCCAGUCCCAGAUUGGAUUCAUCGACUUCAUCGUGGAGCCAACUUUCACGGUGCUGGCAGAAAUGAUCGAGAGGAUUGUGACACCGCUUAUCGAGGAAGCCUCUCGCUCUGAGUUGAACGGAUUAAGACACUCUAGUGACCAGAGUAUCGUCUGCAGCGAUGGAAAGCAGUCCAGUGUGAAGUCCAGUGUGAAGAGCACGGGCUCAGAGGGAAGCUGCUCUCUGACCACCGUGGACUUCAAGAGCUUCAAGGUCACGUGGAACCAGGAGAUUCAGCAAAACAGGGAGACGUGGAAGGCCCAGGCAGCCAAAGAUCUGAAAGAAAAGACUAAGAAUGAGGGAGAGGAGGGCGGCCAGCUGGAGAAAGACACAGAAGAGGAGAAACAGUCGAGUUCCAACACAGGACAGGAGGAGAGGAAGAGAGAUGUGGGGGGGGAGGGGGAGACAACACCUAAAGAGGAGGGAGGAGAAAAACAAUCAGAUGCAGGAGCUCAGAGCACACACAGGAAGAAACCUGAAGGCCACACGGAGAAGCAGCAGAACAAUGUGCCUCAGCCUGAGUGUCGUCUGAUCCAUUACUGCAAGAGACCGAGCUACACUGCCAGCUCCUACCGGCUGGUCAGGUCAAAGGUCACGGAGAUGCGGCCCAUUGAUGCCCGGGGGAAAGCCCGCAGACUGCAGCGCAUCUCCCUGCGGCGCCGAAAGUGACCUAAAGUACAUCAGCGUGAUGUCACAUCGUGAGAUAUUACCACAUGAUGACGGGUCUUUGUUCAUAUUUGCAUAUAGCCUUGUACUUCAGCAGAUCUCCUGCUGAGUUUCAAUCUUGUAUAGGUCACUGUUGAUGAUGUAUUAACCCCACCCUCUUUUAGAUGUCUCUCAACUUAAUUACUUGCAGCUCCUAAU